AUGCCUUCCCAUGAACAGACUCGGGAUUCCUCCGUCGCUGGUCGACAGCAAGAUCAAUGCCCACAAGCACGAGGAGGGUGGGAAAAAGUCAUAUCGUAUUUCAUUUGGCCACAUUGGUGUAUAGCAAGACUUAUUCGUUGGCUAAUUGGAGCAUCAUCACCUGAUCACCCUAUCCCCGAGAGCAGAUCAACCUGGGAAACAUGGGCUUUCUCGAUGGGAAACCUUCCAAGUGAAGCUCCGAUGGCGCGGACACCACUUCGUACUAACCGCUACCACUUGGCUAGAUUGCGUGCUCAGGAUAUGGCCCGGCAGUCUCAUGGCCAGCCUCAUAUCCCCCCUAAAACAAGGAGCUUCGACUUCCCAAGUUUGGGAUAUGUUGAGAACGGGUAUUUCAUCCCGUCUACAAGCCAUUUUGACAACCACGGCCCUGUCAUCUCUAGUAGUCAUAUGCUAAGCGCCCCGGUUUACCCAAGUCAAGAUGGGGCUACACCCCUUACUGCAGAAACGGUUCGUUGGCCCUUCCUAUCCUCAUCUUCUGAGUACGGCGAGGAAUCAGACGACGAAUCAGGCAUAGAGAUGGAAGAUGUGACGUCCAUAGCUAAGCUGUCCGGAUUCCUUUUGCCGUCUUCUUCUGAGCCCAACGAUAAUUCAGAUGAAGAAUUUGAUGGGAGAAUAGGAACUGCGGCCUCAACGGUCAGGGGUUUCAAAAACCCUCGCACAGCCCUUCCGAUUGCAGCUGACGGUUUUGGUAAAACUUUGCAGCCUCACGCGUCACUUGCUAGUGGCAUUCCUAGCGAGAACUUCUCUUCACACCCUGAGAGUUCUUUGAACGCUUCAUCUCCCGCAGUUGAUGUGGUAUCUACAGUCGAGAUCAUCGAAGACCGGUGUGAGGGUGAAGAUGAGCAAGACAAAGACCAGAAGGAAGAGACGAGGUCGACCGCUGUGCGAUCGGUACUAUUGUCUCCAGUUGGUCAACCAACCUUGAUCCACCUGCCUGCCCGACCCCAAGUUAGCCCAGGACAACAAGUUCUAGGUUCUCCCCAGUCCGAUUCGUAA